AUGCGUUUUUUCAUUGAUUCACUUUUUGUUUUCCUAUCGUUCAUUUCCCUUUCAUCCGGGGAUGACAUUUUGGACAAUAGUCAUUCUUCCAGAAACAAAAAAAUGACUCAGGACUUCGGAGGUGCUGAAGGACUUUCUACUAAUCCGGAGGAGAUGAAAAAAAUGCAACUGCUGCAUCCGAAGUUCCGAUUAAUGAAUUGACAUGUUUCAUUUUGAAUAAAUUAUG